AUGAUCUAUUCAAGAUUAUUAUGUGUUGUUUCAACUAUUUUUUUAGCAUUUUAUAUAAAAAAUGUCAAUGGAAAUGUCAUUCCAGGAGCACAGAUUCAAUUUAGUAAAAAUGGACUUAAUUAUUUAAUGGGUGUUGCAAUUGAUUAUAUAAAUUCUGAAAUCACAAAAAUUCACAUUCCAGAUAUUGAAGGAUUAUUCAAAUUCACAUAUCAGUUAGCAAAUAUAAGAAUUGAACAAUUUAAUGUUCCUAAAUCUUCAAAUAUUAUUCAACUUUCUCCACCUGAUAAAGUUAGUAUUAAUUUACAGGGAAUAGGAGGAAAGAUGACAGCACAUUAUCAUGUAAGAAUAAAGGAAGGGUUUAUCCAUCUUAGUAAAUCAGGAACUCUUGAUGUUUCAAUUGUAGGGGCUUCUGUUGAUGUUACUGUUGCUAUUACCUCUGCAAAUGGACAUCCACAUAUUUCAACUUCUGGUUGUAGUGCUAACUUUAGAGGAUUUUACAUUAAGUUUCAUGGAAAUUUAAUUGAUGAUAUAAUCAAUUUAUUUAGAAAAGAAAUUGAAAGACAUUUCAAAAGAAAAGUUGAAGAAAUUAUAUGUCAAGAAAUAGAAGAAGUUGUAAUUGACAUGGAAAUAUUAGGAUCAUUCAAAGGUUUUCAUGUUAAUUAUGCCUUAACAUCAAAUCCUGAAUCAUCUACAAGUAGUUUUGCUAUUCCAAUAGAAGGUCUUAUAUAUUAUGAUGGCCAUAAAGAUGAUCCUAAAAUUCCAAAACCAAAUAAUGUAAUUCAUCCAUAUGACUCAGAUAAAUAUUUAUGUAUAGAUUUUGAUGGUGAUCGAGUUUUAGGUUCUGCAGCUUAUGCAUUUAAACUUUCAAAUCUUAGUGAUUUUUUGAUUGAUGAUAAUAUCUUAAAACUUUUCCCUGAAAAAAUUAGAAACUUUUUUAAAUGUGAAUGUAGCGAUGGUCUUUGCAUAGGAGAAUUAAUUCCAGAGAUAAAAAAAAAUUGUCCAGCAGGAAAAUCUGUUGCCAUUGAUUGUAGUGCAAUUGCUUUUCCAGGAUUCCACUUUAAUUCAUCUGGUAUUUAUGUUAACGCAACUGGAAAUGGUAAUUUUCAAAUUGUUACACCAAAUGGAUAUAAUAUGAAACUUUUUGAUUUAUAUAUGGAUAUUGGUCUUUUAAUUGAAAGUGACUUAAAAAUUACUAAUUGGGUUGUUUCAGGAGAUGUUGAAUUGUAUGAAUAUCAUUUCCAAGUUAAAAAUAGCGUAGUUGGAACCAUUCAAACACAAAUUAUUCAACAAAUUAUUGAUGAUGCCUUAAAAUAUUUAAUUGUUGGACUAGCUGAUGGUAUUUUAAAAAGUGGUAUUCCGUUACCAAAAAUUGAUCAUCUGAAUAUUGUAAAUUCUAAAUUUAUUUUUGGUAGAGAAUUACUAUCAGUCUGUACUGAUUUUGAUCUUUAUCUUUAA